UUUGAACAAUUCCUACACUGUGGACCUAGUCUAGUCCUUGCAUCUUCCAAAACGACAGUCGUUUUGUUAAUCGGCGUCGUCAUCCUCCGAUCCAAACCCAAACACGAGAUGUGAGGUUUUUCUGUAAACCCAAACAAAUCUGCAACGGAUACUAUGAAGAUGAACAUCAACAUCUACGUUUCGACUUUUGUAUUUGGGUGUCUCCUUUUUGGUACCAUCAAGCUCUUUAUCAAGCUAUGGUGGACUCCCAUCAGGAUCCAACGCUUCAUGAGGUCUCAGGGGAUUCAAGGCCCUUCCUACAACUUCAUCCAAGGCAACGCCAGAGAGAUGCACACCAGAAGAACCCACGCCAUAGCCACUCCCAUCGACCUCUCUCAUCGCAUACUCCCUCGAGUUCUGCCUCAUACUCACUCCUGGCUCCACCGUUACGGGAGGAACUUCAUUCAGUGGUUUGGUGUGGAGGCUCAGUUGAUCAUUACAGACCCUGAGAUGAUCAGGGAGGUGCUCCAUGACCGACAAAAAAAAUUCCCAAAAGCAAAACUCCAUGGCUUCCUAAACAAGAUCUUCGGAAAUGGUCUUGUCACAGCCGAGGGUGAAACUUGGGCCAAGUCCCGCAAAAUAGCCAAUUUUGCUUUCCAUGGAGACACCCUCAAAAACAUGAUCCCAGCGAUGAUUGGUUGUGCAGAAACUAUGAUGGAAGAGUGGAAGCAUUAUGAAGGCAAAGAGCUCGACGUGUUCCAACAUCUCAAAGUCUACACAUCGGAUGUCAUUUCACAUACAGCUUUCGGGAGCAGUUAUGAACAAGGAAAAAAUAUCUUCCAAAUGCUGCAGAAUCUGUGCGAGCUAAUAAUCAGAAAUGGGUUUAAAAUUAGACUGCCGGGAAUUCGUAAGAUCUUUAAAUCUAAGGAUGAUGUUGAAGGAGAGCGGCUCGAAAAGAGAAUGAAAGAUUGCUUCAUGGAAGUAAUCAAGUCAAGAGAAGAGAAGUUCAUAAAUGGUGAAGCAGAUGGGUAUGGGAAUGACUUUCUGGGAUUGCUCGUGAAGGCAAAAAACGACCCUGAAGAAUCACAGAGGAUUUCUGUGGAUGACAUUGUGGACGAAUGCAAGACAUUUUACUUUGCUGGCCAUGAAACCACCAGCGUUUUGCUGGCUUGGACUAUGUUUCUUCUGGCCCUGCAUAAACAAUGGCAAGAUCAAGCUAGAGAUGAAGUCUUCAAAGUAUUUGGGGACAAGAAUCCAACAUCAGAAGGCCUUCCCAAAUUAAAAACGAUGACGAUGAUCCUGUACGAAUGCUUGAGGCUGUAUCCGCCUGCGAUGACGGUAGGACGACAAGUAAUGGAGAAGGAAGUGAGAUUGGGGAGCCUGGUGCUUCCGGCCACGAUUCGGGUGACGAUCCCGACAGCUGCAGUUCAUCACGACACGGCAUAUUGGGGAGAAGAUGCGAGCGAGUUCAAACCAGAGAGAUUCGCAGAAGGGGUGGCCAAAGCCAUAGAAAGGAACUCAGCUGCAUAUCUGCCAUUUGGAUUGGGUGGUCGAAGCUGCGUGGGGAUGAACUUUGCAAUGAAGGAAGCCAAAAUUGGGAUGUCCAUGAUUCUACAGCGAUAUUCCUUCACCCUGUCGCCGGCCUAUGCUCACUCGCCGGUUCAGUUUCUUACCAUUUGUCCACAGCAUGGACUUCAGCUCAUACUUCAUUCCAUAUCAGAUCACACAGCCUGAAGGAAUUAGGGAAACCAACAAGAAUUACUGGAGACAAAACCAUAUGUUUGGGUGUAAAUAAGGAAGAAAAAAAAUAUGCAUAUGCCAUAGAUGGUAAGUGGCAUGAAUUGGGAUACAAUAGCAGUACAAGUGCUUUGGAAUUAUAGAUUUUGAAGUUGGUUUGGAUUAGUUAAGCUUAUAGAACAGUUUGAAAUUAUUAAUGCCAAGAAGUAAAAACUUUAAAUUUCUUCUUA